ACGUCAGCGUGUACAUAUAAACCGGCCCUUCACCGGCCCAACGACGCAUCUCACCCAUCUUCUCCCACCACUUGAGCAUCAAAGCAUCUACCCCCUCGUGCUCGCUCCUCCAAGUCAGAGUUCGCCCAUUCGCAGCCAUGUCUCCUCCAGAGAAGAAACCCAAGACGGGCGGAUACAAGCUCUACUACUGGGGCGGGAUUCCAGGGCGCGGUGAGUACAUCCGGCUCGCGUUCGAGUACGCGGGCGAGUCCUACAGCGAGAACAACGCCCCGAAGACGCUCCUCCCCACAAUCACCGACCCCGCCAAGGUCGGCCACCCGCCGCACUUUGCGCCGCCCGUGCUCGAGCUCCCCUCGGGCCGCUAUCUCUCGCAGACGCCCGCGAUCCUCAACUACCUCGCGCCAAAAUUCAAGCUGGCGGGAGAGAAAGGGAGCAGGGUCGCGGACGCGUGCUUGAGCGAGGAGGAGAGGGAGCAGGCGGAGGAAGAGAGGGCCGUGGUGAACCAGCUCACGCUGACGGCGCUGGACUUGAGCAACGAGGCGCACGACGUGCACCACCCUCUCGCAGGCUCAAAGUACUACGACGAGCAGAAGGACGCAGCGUUCGUGCGUGCGGAGGACUUCCGCAAACUCAGGAUCCCCAAAUUCCUGGCGCACUUCCAGAGCGUGCUCGCGAGCAACCCCGCCACGGACGCGGGCGCGAAGACGUACCUCGUCGGCAAGCAGACCACCACCGCGGACCUCGUGCUCUUCCACGUCCUCGACGGACUGUUGUUCGCGUUCCCGAAGCGGAUGGACGCGGUGAAGGAGGGCGGCGAGUACGCGGACGUGUUCGCGCUGUAUGAGCGCGUGAAGGGCGAGAAGGGCAUCAAGGAGUACAUCGCGAGCGGGCGCAGGCAGCCGUUCAGCAUGGGCCUGUACAGGCACUAUGAGGAGCUGGAUUCAGACCAGUAAGUAGCAAAGGGCAAGGCCGUUGAGCAAGUUUGUACCGGGACUAGCAUGGAUGAGCAAUGUAAAAUAGACUUGAAAUAGACAAACAGUUUGGUCCAGUGUA